AUGUAUGUAGGAAAUCUUGGAUCGUUACCUCUGAUCAUAGUUCCAGCUAUUUGUAAAGGAAGAAGUCACCCUUUCGGAGAUGUGAAUGUUUGUUACCGUAAAGGACUAGCGUAUACUUCCCUAACAAUGGCGGUAGGGCACAUUUACGCUUGGUCUAUAGUGUACAACAUUCUUCGCAUAUAUUCACCUAAGACCAAUAUUAUCAAAUUUAAUGAUUCUAAAAUAAAUAUAGAAGUUAAUAAUCUAGAAAAUAUAGCAAAAUGUUCCACAAGAACAUUGACACCGAUUGAGGAAAAAUCAAUGUCUAAUGGUUACAUUGAUCAACCUGAGAUAGAAUGCAAAGUGAUUGAUGGAGAAGAAAAGGUACAAGAAAAAUUGAAGAAUAUGAAGCCACUAAAAAUAUUAUUAAGUGACAAGAUCAAUUUGAAAGAACUAUUUGCACCUGCAUUAUGGGGAGCGAUAUUUGGAGUAAUAGUUGGUAUAGUUCCUCAAUUACGAAAAGUACUAGUUGGUGAACAUGCUCCUCUCUGUUUUGUUCAAACCUCUGCAAUCAUGUUAGGGGAUGCAUGCAUUCCAUCAAUGAUCUUGUUAGUUGGUGCAAAUCUUUUAAAGGGUUUAAAGGGAUUAGGAAAGAAGAUUCCAGUUGUGGUUAGCAUAAUUGUGGUGAUAUAUAUUGCAUUACCAACAAUAGGUAUAUGCAUUGUGAAAGGUGCAGUUCAUUUCAACUUGAUAACCUCUGAUCCAUUAUAUCAAUUUGUUUUACUACUUCACUACGCUGUUCCUCCUGCAGUAUCCGCAAGUACCAUGACUCAAUUGCUUGGAGUUGGUCAAAGUGAAUGCUCACUUAUUAUGUUUGUGACUUAUUCGUCAGCUCCGAUUUUGCUUACCCUUUGGUGCACAGUCUUCAUGUGGCUUGUGUUGUAA